UAGUUAUUCGUAAUCCACUCUAUCACGUAGUUCGGUAAUGAUAUUUUAACUUUCGUUAGAUAAUUUCAUAGUAGCAUAUUGCUUGAAGCCUCCGUGAAGAGCGCAGGUUAGCAAAAAUGAAAUUCCUAGUGUUGGCUCUCUUCGUCGCGGCCGCCGUUGCCGUCCCAAUCCCUGAAGACAACGGUGAUGCAGUUGAGCUGAUCGUCAAUGGCGUGCCCGAAGGAGCAGCCCUGGAGCUUGGCGGGAUUGUGGACAUGCACUUGAAUGAACACGUCGACGGACAACUGGCUUCCUCCACCAAUUUGUUGCACCCUUUGACCGCUGUAGGCAUCGCUGAAGCCGCCGCCGCCGCCGCUGAAGUGGCUGCUGCCGAGGAAAUUGCUCCCACCCCCAUCCAAAUCGCUGAUGCCGCCGAACCCGAAUCUGACUUCCACAAUGUCCCUGAAACCAUCAUCCUCCCCGAGCCCGCUGAGGUUGUUCCCGCUCCUAUCGUCAUGCCUGAGCCUGUGAUCCCCGUAGUGGUCCCUGAACCCAUCGUCAUGCCUGAGCCCGUCGUCCCCGAAGUCGUGCCUGAGUCCAUCGUGAUGCCUGCACCGGUUGCCCCUGAGGUGGUGCCUGAAUCUAUCGUUAUGCCUGAGCCUGUUGCCCCCGAGGUGGUGCCAGAAUCUAUCGUCAUGCCUGAGCCUGUUGUCCCCGAAGUGGUCCCUGAGGUUGCUGAGCCGGUCCCCGAGCCCGCUGCCCAAAUCCCUGGAGAGAUCUUCAACAACGGACUCGUCCAGGUCCAGGUUAACGCCCCCGAAGACGCUGGUAUGUUCUCGACCCUCCAGAACUGGUUCAGCCUGGUCGUCAACUACAUCAGCAGCGGCAUCCAGACCUCUCAGCAGAUCGUUUAAGUUUCAUUAAGAAUGUACUUUCAAAUGUUUUGUAAUCUUUAACGUAAGUUAGAUAAGUCGUUUGGAAGUAAAUAUUUUAAAAAUC